AUGACCCACGACGAGUUGUCAAAAAAUCAUCCCGGUGGAUUUGACGACACGGUAAGUUUUGAAAAAGACGGCAGGAUGUACCGUGCUACAGACGACCCCAGCGACGGCUACAAUGCCUUGGAGCUUUAUAUAUCCAAGUUAAAUCCACACUGUUCAGCAUUCUUCCAGUUUCCGAAGCGAAAGUGGUCCCCAAGCGACAGUGUUUGGUACGAAAAUCGGCCACUCGGUGUAAAUAAGCUGGGUGUUAUGAUGAGAGAAAUUAGCGAGGAAGCCGAACUGUCGAGCAUCUACACAAACCAUUGUGUGAGAGCCACCGCGAUUACUCUUUGGUCCGAUGCAG